AUGAUUACUGCGUUAGCAGAGACGCCCGACACCGAGCCAAACGAUCAUUCUCCACAGGAGAAAGCCAUGCUUGGCGGCAUCAAUAGUCUCCAGUAUGGUGUCGAUGAUAAUCCGCCAUGGUACACGUGCAUUGCGCUGGGAUUACAGCACUACGUCACCCAGUUUGGUUCCACCUUCUCUGUCCCGUUCAUCCUCGCCGCUCCUCUCUGCAUGGAGCACGACUUCCUGGGGCGGAGCCAAGUACUCGGUACCAUCCUCUUCAUGUCGGGCAUCAUCACAGUAUUACAGACCACAUUUGGAGUCAGGCUCCCAAUUAUCCAGGGAGCAUCUUUCGCCUUCUUGCCACCCGUGUUUGCUAUCCUGUCCCAACCGCAAUGGAAAUGUCCCGCUUCAGCUCAAGAAACCAUCAAUAUCACGCAUCAGAAUUUGACCGCUGCUUCCGAGAAUGGCACCGUGGUAGAACUUGAUAGAGAGAUCUGGUAUGUUCGAAUCAGGGAGAUCCAAGGAGCCAUCAUGGUAUCAUCGCUUCUACAGAUCGGUAUUGGCUUCACCGGAGUGAUAGGUACGCUGCUCCGCUACAUUGGACCCCUGACUAUUGCCCCUACUAUUGUCCUCAUGGUGCUCCCGCUGCACGAGGCGGCUACAGCAAGCGCUUCACAGCAUUGGUGGAUCUCACUCUUGACUGUGCUGUUGAUUUGCUUAUUCUCGCAGUACCUGACCAACGUCCCACUGCCAUAUCCAUCGUAUGCACGCGGCAGAGGAUGGAAAAUGGGGUUCGCGCACGUCUUUAAACUCUUUCCAAUUCUGCUCGCAGUUAUAAUCGCCUGGAUCAUCUGCAUCAUUCUAACUCUGACCAAUGUGUUCACGGAGGAUCCCAAGGGCUGGGGCUACCCUGCCCGCACGGACACCAACCUCCGUGUCUUGAAGGCUGCAGACUGGAUCCGAUUUCCCUACCCGGGUCAAUGGGGCUUGCCGACAGUGUCAGUUGCCUCGACCAUAGCUAUGAUGGGAGGAGUUAUGGCGUCCAUCAUGGAGUCAAUUGGGGACUAUUACGCAUGCGCGCGACUGUCUGGAGCUCCACCGCCGCCGAAGCAUGCUGUCAAUAGAGGUAUUGGUAUGGAAGGUAUCGGGUGUCUCCUGACAGGCGCAUGGGGGACUGGAAAUGGCACCACAUCUUACAGUGAAAACAUUGGUGCCAUUGGAAUCACAAAGGUUGCUAGCCGACGGGUGGUACAAGUUGGUGGCCUUCUCAUGAUCGUGUUUGGACUGUUCGGCAAGUUUGGUGCUCUCUUCGUGACAAUACCAGCACCUGUCGUAGGCGGCAUGUUUCUCGUCAUGUUUGGAAUGAUCGCAGCGACAGGUCUUGCUAAUCUCCAGUUUGUCGAUUUGAACUCCUCAAGAAAUCUCUUCAUCAUUGGUUUCUCAAUGUUCGCCGGAUUCGCGAUUCCGCAAUGGGUGGCCAAAAAUACGGAUGCACUCACAACAGGUGUGUUCGUCAUCGAUCAAAUGGUCCGCGUUCUUUUAACCACUGCCAUGAUGGUUGGGGGGUUGGCCGGCUUCUUCCUCGACAACACUUUGCCAGGUUCUGAUGAAGAGCGCGGUCUUCUCAAAUGGAGAGAGGAGCUGAUUUCAGCAGACGAUGAUGCAAAGACCCGGAUAUCCGCCUGCUACGACUUUCCAAUCGGGAUGAAUCUCAUUAGAAAAACAAAAUGGCUGCGACACAUUCCAUUCAUGCCGACAUUUACAGGGUAUAACUGCUGUCGGUUAAAGUGUUCGCCUUGUUGUCAUGAAACAAGUGCAGUUGCCAUGGCGACGUGUUGCCGCAAACGAAAGGUGGUGGAUAUUGAUAUAACCGUUGAUAAUCCUGAGGAGAACCCAUUGAAUGGUGAUCAAAUGAUGGCUGAAAACAGCGUUUAGAUAAAACAUAUUUUCCAGCCAGACGCAGAACAAAAUCCAGUCACCCAUUUGGUGCCAAUUGGAAAAAAAGGUGGGAAACUUUGAAAAAAGAACCAUAGUAAAAUCACGUCUAUGUUGCUGGCCGAUAAACUCUGAGUUUGUUUAAAUUACUCAAUUACAAUUUUUAGAUAACACCAUAGACAACCAGGCUUUAUAUACUCAUUGGAUGAAAUUAAUGUGCAGUAUCAAUGAUGAGGUCAUGGGUUAUAGUUGCACCCGGCAUACAGUCUCGUGUGUACCUCUUGGCUCCAUUUUAAUUUUUCUAUUUGCUUGUAAUGAUACCUCUUCUAUGGUAUGAUAUUUAGAAGUAUAUCAGAGAAGCUGUCAUAGUAGAUAUA